CUUCAUCACGUGGUGCUCUGACGCAGGUAGAGUCACGGAGGCGGACAGAAGCAGCUCAGCAUCAUCGUUCCUCUCUAGCUGGACCUUGUCUGUCCUCCGUCAGUCACCCUCUGGUUCUGGAUCUGCCCUGAGUUCUGGACCAUGGCUGCAUCGGUGCUGCUGGUUCUGGCCGCCUGCAUGUGGAGCGGAGCGCCUCUGUGCUCGGCGGCCAGGAUCCUGCCGCUCAACCACCGACCCAUCAUCGGUGUGUUGGCACAAGAAAAUCUCCCAGAUGAUUCGUUUGCUCGUGGCUCUUCGUACAUCGCUGCCUCCUACGUGAAGUUCCUGGAGAGCGCCGGAGCCAGAGUCGUUCCCGUCCGAAUCAAUCGCACAGAAGACGAGUACACAAAGCUGUUCUACUCACUAAAUGGGCUGCUGCUGCCAGGCGGAGACGUUGAUCUGCAGACGUCCCAGUUCGGUCGAGUUACCAGAAUCUUUUACAACUUGGCACUGAGGGCUAAUGAUGCUGGGGACUACUUCCCUAUCUGGGGAACUUGUCAAGGAUUCCAGCAGCUCUCUGUCCUCACAGCCAAGAAAAACCUGCUGACGCUCACCAAUACCAAGGCCGUGGCUCUGCCCCUCACACUCACACCAGCGGCCCAGUCCAGUCGUUUGUUCCGUGGUUUUCCCAGAGAUCUGCUGCAGUCUCUGUCUGAUGAAAACAUCACGCCCAACUUCCACAGCUGGAGUCUUUCAAUGCAGAACUACAGUCGAAAUGCGAAGCUGAAGAGGUUCUACAAAGUUCUGUCCACAAACAGUGAUGGAGAGAAGGAGUUCAUCUCCACUAUGGAAGCCUACCGUUACCCGUUCUACGCUGUUCAGUGGCAUCCAGAGAAGAGCCCGUUUGAGUGGAUAGAUAAGCCGGGAAUGGUUCACACCACCUCUGCCAUAAGAACCAGCUUCUACACGGCCAGCUUCUUUGUCUCUGAAGCCAUGAAGAGUCGGCACCAUUUCUCCAGUCCUGCUGAAGAGCAAAAAGCUCUGAUUUACAACUUCUCCCCCAUCUACAGAGGUGUCAAUGCUGUCUUUAUUCAGAACUAUUACUUUGACUGAGAAACAGCGAUGAAGACGAAAGAGACCUGGGGUCAGUAACAGCAGGAUUUGUCUCCUUGAAUCAUUUCUGUCCAAAACCAGACUUGGUGGAGUUGUUUCUGUAGCCCCUGUCUCACCCAGAAGAAAACCAACACAAAGGUGGAUUUUAACAUGAAAAAUGUGAAAGGUCACUAAAGGUCAAGCUUGUAAAAGAUGGAAGAUUUAUUUGACCCACCUAAUCAUCCAUAAUGAGUUAAAAUAUUUAUUAAAAUAUUGGAUUACUGAGUUUUGUUUGGCUAAACUACCAGCAGCAGCUUUAAAGGUACAAUACGUAAGAAUUAUUCAGCGAAAAAUCAAAAAACAGUCUAAUGGAUCAAUGUUGGAAGCAAGGUUACAAUAAAACAGAGUUCCUUCUCAGCCGCUUUUGGGGGUUGUCAGACAUUACAGUUUUUGUCCGUUGCUUGAACACAUUUAGCAAAACUUAGCUCAUUGUGCCAAAAUUCUACACACAAGUAAACAUACCAUUCACAUCUGUCAAAUUGAAACUCGACUAUCAAAACCUAAACUCUGCUAUCAAAACUUAACAUUCCUUUGUCAAAAUAAAACUCUGAUGACAAAAUGAUACACACUUGCAUCAUGUGAAUACACUUUCAGAUUGGAAGCAACACACUAGAGUACUUUAUAUAAAACAGUGCAGUCUUUUAUUCUCACUGUUUUUAUUCUGUUCAUCAGUUAGCUUUCUGUGAAGCUCAAUGGAACACUGUUUUUGUUCUCAACAAAAGGUUUCCCCAACAAUCGAAAAUGAACGUAACAAAAAUACUACUGUAAAUAAAGGAAAAACUAGGCAAUUGUGCAUGAGUGGGAUCAUGGAUCCCGCCGUCUGUUUGGGUCUGGCCACAUGAUCUUGUCAACAUCACAAGCGAUAUUUUCUCCUGCUAAGCAACGGGGAAAAUAGCUCAUUGUGUGGCGAAUCCAUCCAUGGAUUGACAUUACCUCAAUGUCUCUGCAUGCCGCUUCCAUUGCAAGAAGAGGUAUGCGGGCAUGUGGUUGGCGGUCAUACAUGUGCCAUCUCCAAGCGGAAAAAAAAUUCCUUGAUUGGGUUUAGAAAUGGCGAGUAAGGGGGCAAGUAAACAACUUCAAAUUGAUCUUGGUUGGUGAACCAGUUCCGGACCAGAGCUGCCCGGUGGAAACUAACAUUAUCCCAGACAACAACAAACCUGGGCCGCUCUGGUCUGUCCCGUACAACUGCAUCAUGAAGUGCAUCUAGAAAUGUGAGUAUUUGUUGGGUAUUGCAGGGACCUAGAUUGGCAUGAUGAUGGUGAUGAUGAUGGUGGCACUCGAAGGCUUAUGGCAGCGCACAAUGUGAUGUUUCCCCCGCGCUGCCCUGAGACAUGCACUAUUACCCUUUGGUCAAUGAUAUUAUGACCCCGUCGUCUAUUUUUAGUGAGGUUGAAGCCAGCCUCAUCAAUGCAAAUCAAUUCAUGAGGCUGUGCAGCUCCAUCUGUGUCCAAGAGUGUCUGCAUUAAAAAAUAAUAAUUACAUAGAAUGGAUGGCUGGCAUUACUCAAAACAUACAACUACAGUACUACGCAUACAGAAUCCCCUCACCCAUCACACACACACACACACACACACACACACACACACACACACACACACACACACACACACACACACACACACACACACACACACACACACACACACACACAUGCCUGUAUCUCUGUGACACUGAUACACUGGCAUAGCUAUUACUGUACUGAAUUACAUAAAUACUGUAUUAUAAAUGUACAGUAAGGGACUGCAAAACUUACUUGGCCAUAUUCUUGUCGACGUCUUAUGACCCUGAAACCGUUCAUCUCAAAUGGGACCCAGUACAACUGCUUCAUUGCGAUUUGAUGCUUUGCCAAGACACGUUCGAUCGGGGUAAUGCUUACUCGAUUGAUGUUUGUGAAACCUGCCUAUCUACAAGUAUUUGUUAUCCUGGCCUAACAGAGUCCUCCUCUGUUUAUUUCUGCACAGAGAAAGGGUCUGGGAACUCUCCUAUUCAAAAACCCCACCCCAUGAGAAUUCUAACCAAGCCAAUCAGCGCUGAGUAGCGUACGUCACACACCGUAACGCCAAGUUUGUCAAACAUGGCGACUGAAGCGGAGUUCACUGCGGCUCUUUCCUCUGUUCUAAAUGACUUGGACACGUCUUUAAACCAACAAGUAGAAGCACUAAAAAGUCUUUCUUCUAAAGAAAGAUGUUUGCUCUGUCGCCAAACUCCGUUUUUGACUACAGCUGAAAAACUACAGCGUCACGGAAGUCACACACAGCGAUGCUCAGUUCCUCAUGAACAACAAAGACGGCAGCGGAGUUGACUGUGGCUCUUUCCUCUGUUCUAAAUGGCUUGAAUGUCUUUAAAACCACAAGUAGAAGCGCUAAAAGCAUUUCUUGUUCUAAAAAAAAAGAGAUGUUUGCGCCAUGGCCGGAAGACUUAUUUAUUUAUUUAUUUAUUUUUAACUAAAGCUAAAAAACUACAGCGGUACAGUCGGCAUUUCUGUCUUUUGUCUGAUUGGUUAUUUUUGAGCUGCCUAGUCCCGCCCCUCGAGUGCCUCUCUGAGUUACCAGACUCUUUCUCUGUGCAGAAUUAAACAGAGGACGAGUCUGGCAGGCCAGGCUAAGUAUUUGUUGCCGUAGCUGGUGGAGACGAAUAGCAUUGUUUGCGCGGACUAUUUUCACAAUGGCAAGUUCCUGCUGUUGGGUAAGCAGGCAUUGCCGUCCACCUCGAGAAGGUAUUCUAGUCAUUCUGUAGGAAAAAACAACCACAAAUUACAUUUGGUUUAGUUCUUUUGUACAAUACUGUAUACCGUACACAGUAAUGUGACAUCUCAAUGGUGCAGUACUAUGUACUGUACUGUAUUUUUCACAAAACUACCAUUUUUGUUUCUAAAGGUAAUGUGAUACAGUACAGUACUGUAAAUACUGUAGAUACAGUCUGGAGUAGAGAGUUGAAGACAUACCUGUUUUCCAGUCUAAAGGUCCUUAUAAUGGAAGCAACUGUGAACCAGCUAAGGUGUGGAUGGACUCUCUGCCCAGCUUCCCUCAUAGUCAGGCCAUGAUUGAUUACAUGAUCCACCAAAGUUGCUCUAAUGUCAUCGGAAGUAUUAUUCCGUACAUGACCUCUUCACGUCCACGUCCUCCUCCUCUUCCUCCACUAUCUGCUUGUCUUCCUCUACCUCUUGCUCUUUCUGCCUCCAUGCUUGCAAAGUUCUGAAAAUGGCUAAACUGAGGCCUAUUAAUGUCUGGCUGAUUGGUGUUGAGUUUUGUAAGUGUCUUUUCAGGUGUGUGUCUAGGUGUUUUCAAUCACCCAAUGUGUUUUGUAUUUGGAAGAAAUGUGUUGUCCCAAUGGUACCAUGAUAUUUCAUUUAUGAACAAAGUGUCUCAUGCAUGAAAUAGUGUGUAGUGCGCAGGAGUAAGUGUGUUGCAGAAAUGGAACUAAAGUGCAAAGCAACUUAAGGUAGGGAUGAGCCGGAUACUCGUUUCAGACGAGUAUCCGGUACGGAUAAAGCUUUUUUGACGAGUACGAGCAUGAAACGAGUAAAACUUGUAAAUAUCUGUAAUCGUGCUGAAGGAAAAUCCUCAUUGGGUAACUGACUGUCUUCACAUUCUGUGAUUGGCCAGUCAAAUAGAGCGCCCACCCCUCCCUACACACAAAACUCUGCAGCCGGGAGCUCACAGCUCAGUCCGCGUCCGGUCCAUCCACGCACACACACAGACAGAAACGGAUCUCUCUGUGCUUGCUUCACUGUUCACGUUUCUUCAAUAUUCCCUAUGUUUUCUUCAGUUUGCUUCUUUUUAAAGUUACUUUAAAGUGAUUUAAAGUUACUUUUUUUUUGUAACGUACGUGGUGCAUUUGACAAGACAGAGCUGAAAACGGCUCUGUCAGUCACUGCCUCCGCUCUGAUGUUUUUUUUCCCUCUCUCUCUCUCUCCUCUUCCUCAGGAUCCACUCCCUCUUUCCUAUUCACUCUCUCUCUCUCUUUACAUUUUUUAAUCACAAUUGUCUAUUUUUUGCUCAUUUUAAAUAUAUUUUAAUAAUUUUCUAAAUUCUUUUUUCUAUUUUUCAUGUUUUGUUUUUGUGAAGCGCCCCGUGAUUUUCAUCUUGAGAGGCGCUAUAGAAAAGAUCUUUUCUUCUCUCUCUCUCCUUUAAUUCAUGCACUUAAAUAUUAAAUGUUCUGAUUUUAUUGAAAAACUUGUUCUGUAAUAGUUCCUUUACUAUUGUGAUCAAAAACAUUUUAUCUCAACUCUGAGGCUGCUCUGUAAAUAGUUUUCAAAUAAACAAUACACAUAGCAACUUCUGAUCAGACUUAAAAUAACGUAUUGAUGUAAACCACACCCACUUCUGGUUAAUCUACACCCACUUCUGGGUUAGGCCACGCCCACUCAGAGUACAGAUACAGAUAAUUUAGAUGGUUGAACAGAUACAGAUACAGAUACAGGUAGUGGUGUACUCGCUCAUCCCUGGUAUAAGGUAUUGCACAAAAGCUUCAGGUUUUGUUACUUUCUUCUAAGCAUGUGUUUAUAGUGUUCAAGCAAUGGGCAAAAACUGUAAAGUUUUUACCAGAAAACCAAACACAAAUGGGAACAAGUGGAUAGAGAUGUCACUUUUAAUUUAUUUAGUUUUUGAGUAAUUUUUAAGGUGGAUAUAGCAUUUAAGGUGGUUGCAUUUUUAAAGAACUUGAUGGGUUUAAACAACCCUUUUAUGAGUUAAAGCUCAGAGGAGAAGAUGGGUUUAUUGUCCAAACCUGUUCGUGAAACCAAGGAUUACCUGUUAUGUUAUCUCUUGUUGAGUCAAAAAAAAAGUCAGAGGUUAUCCCUCCCACUGUCUUUAUGGGUAACCCCAUGAGGAAAGUUGACCAUUGAGCAGGAUUGAUGGUUUAUCCCUUGAGGUCCACAUGGCAGGGGUGAGGUGGUGCUCACUCCUCAUCCCUGCUCAAUGGUCAACUUUCCUCACGGGGUCACACCCAUUUGGACAGUGGGAGGGUUAAACAAAUGUUCAUUUCUGGUGUAUUUUGUUUAUAAACACAGGAAUCAGUGAUUAAACUCGAGAUGAGUCAUCUGUCACUUGGAUUAUAUUUUUGUGUGUUUUAAGAUCAUUUUCAUGAUUUAAUCCAUAAAAAAAUUUAAGAACAAUGCCAAAAAACUAAAUAAAUUGUUUUAUUUGUCUUGUGUGUUCUCAGUAAAGUAAAAACAAACAAAUAUAAAUGUCCUAUAUAAUGGAAUUCUGUUAUAAAUGUCUUUAUAAAGUUCUGUCAGCUCGUGGAUUUGUAAACGUGCAGAAGAUGCACAGCUGACUGUUUAAGAUGAUUGUUUAAUGUGGUCUCAAACUCUGUUUUAUGAGUUAUCAUAUAUUAAUCCUAAUGUAAUAGUAAUUUAUCUCAAAUUACUGUAACACAUUUCAUCUUACAAGACACUUGUACUAAUUCUAAAGCUCUGAAAUAAAAUUUUCUGUCACCAGAGUGAAACUAAUCCAAAGUUAGUUCGUCUAUUAGUUUGCAUUCAUUUUGCACAUCAGUGCACAUUUUCCUUCAGGUAAAUGGCCUAGGGGUUAACAUAUGAAGAAAUAAUCAACAAAGUAAAAUUCUUCUUUGCAGGAAACUUUUCUAGGUGUAAUAAAACAACUGUCCACAAGAUGGAAGCAAAACAUUGUCAAAUGUGUUCUGUUGCCUGCUGAUGGAAAAUAAUUAUCUGGUACUGGUGUUUUACCAUUUCCUGUUAGUGGGGAUUUAAAUUGGGUUGUAAUCGGACUGAAUUGGAAUAAAGUUUGAUGAAAAAUA